AUGGAUAUUGAUAGCGUGUCUGCAGAAAGAUCGUUUCUUGAAUUUGUGUAUGGACAACCGAGAGAACCGGACAGGAUUACGAGGAUACUGCAUGGGAUUGAAGGAUGCGAAGAACCAGACAUUCAAGAAAUCAAGCAGGUUAGUACUUGUCAGUAUGGACUACGCAGCUACGCAGCUGCGGGUCUGCCUGAAUAACUAAAAGGACGAGGUAUACAUGUGCAUGUAAUUGUUUAUGUUGAUGGUUUCAAAAUCGAGGAAUAUUACAUGUGUAUUACGCUUGUUUCGGCUCAAUGCUUAAAGAUCGAAUUAUAGAGCAUUUUCACUCACGUAGCCAGCAUCUAUGCAUCUAUACAACAAAAAAAUCGUUUGCAUAAGAAGAGAGUUCAACUCCCACAGGGCUGGUUUGGAACACCAACACGGCUGCCGUUUCAUUGUUUCGGGACACCAGGCCUUCGUGACGUCGUGUGAAAACACUCUAUACCUCAACUACAUGCGUUUCUUUUUUUCCACAAGGGUCGAAGUGGGAUUAGAGAACUUGGAGCGUGACACCUUGUCAAUAAAUCUGAUUCAAAUUUUAAACCCUGACCCUAACCCCUAACCGUAGGAAACUAGGUAGCCGUGUAGCCACGUAGCCACUGUUAUAAGGGCAUAAUAGCUUCCAAGUGGCUGGGUAUUCUGCAGUAUUUAUAAAUACGAAGGCAAAUUUGCAGCUUUUUGUAAGAAAAAGUUUGCUGCCUUAAAAAUCUGGAUACGUGUACUUGCAUACGUACAGUUUGUUUGAGGGGACGCUGAAACUUCACUUUCUAUACUACUUGUUUUGUUUUAUAUACUAUUUUGAAUGCUUCAAUACGUUUUCUUAUCGUAAAUCAUACAAAACCAUGUUUUAAAAAAAUUAAUUCUAUUGAAAAAACAAAACAACCAAAUUAAAUAAAAGCCCUUGUCCACACGUACCCGGAUAUUUUUGAAAACUGAUUUUUUUUGGCUUUCAAAUCCACACGUACAGUAUUCAAAUCGUUUUUGCCCUUUCACUCGAAAACGCAAAAACGAUGCAAAUUCGAUUAACAUCUCAUUUCACCCCCAGAGCAAACGAUAACCACAAUCCAGCGUUUUCAAAAUUUUCACUCUGGGACCGUUUUUAAAAACUUGUGUUUUUGGUGCCUGAAAACUGAUAAAAACUCCGUUUACGUGUGGACGGAAGGCUUAACAGGUUUCAAAAAUAUCCUGAUACACGUGGACAGGGCCUUAUGCCCGGCCACACGUACCCGGAUAUUUCCGAAUCCGCAACUUUUUCCUUCCGGAUUUAAAAAGUUCCACGUCUGAAAUCGAAUUCGCCCGUCCACACGUGCACGUAUCCGACACGUUUCUGGAUUCACUCUAGCACCCUGCUUUGAACAACCCGGCCCGGGACUCGAUUUGUAACGUCACCGAAUUAAAAAAUAUCCGUAUUUAGCACGAUUCCGGAUUCAUAGCGUAUUCAAAAAUAUCCACUCGGGAGAGCGUUGGAGGGAGGAUUGAAAAAGUUGCGGUUUCGUAUGCUGUAUUCACUGGAUACGUGUAGACGGAUGCCGUAUCGGGAAAGAAAAAAUCCUGAUACAAAAAUUUCCUGAUGCAUGUGGAUGGGGCGUCAGUUUCAAAAGGUUUGUAUGGUAUUGUUUUAACAGUUGUUGGUAGAUCUACGUCUUCAACUACGAAUUCGUUUUGAAAAGCAGAGGAAUUUGACAAAUAAGCUGGAGAACUCUGAGGAGAAAGUUAAAAAUAGAGAGGAACAACUAUUGACGAAAGACCAAGAAAUUGUCAAAUUGCGGCAACAUAUUGCAACUCUUAAGCAAAAGAUCAACUUAGAAAGAGUUCGGUUUGGUCUUACUCUAAACGAAACCAAGCAUACUGCAGAGAAAGAGAUAAAUGAGCUGAAAAACGAAAUGAAAAAGGUAGAGGAAGAGUUCUACGACUGCAGGAGAAAAAUGAUGAAAGCCUGUUCUGAUAGCAGACGAGAAGAGAUGCAAACACGACAACGUUUGGAAGAAAGUAUUAAAGAAACAUGUGCUGUAAAUGAUUCUUUUAAAGGGGUUUACGACGACUAUCUCAGACUAGAAUGUUACUUGAAAGAUAUCGAGGAAGAGAUGAUGCCACUUCAAUCGCAGAUUUAUGAGCUUGCCAAAUCCUUGAAUGUCAAGCCCAUUGAAUUACUAUCCAGAAUUGAGCAACUGAAAAUUGUCUUAACAAGCGAUGAAAACAUAAAAGAAUUGCUGAUCAAAGCUAUUUCUGUGAUGAAAAACGAUGAAGUUUCAGCUGCAAAGGAUUCUGAAACUAUCCCCAUUUGUGUGGAUACCUGUCCGACAGAGUGUUUUAAUAAUCCUCGUGCUGGUUCUUCCAACAACGUAAAACAGGGUGACCUAUCCUGUCCUUUCAGUCAGAAGUUUCUGCCGGAACAGUUAAAUAAUCCAGGUCACAAAGGAACGGGAAGGAAAAACGAGGUGGAAAAAGAAAAAGUCGUACGCCCCAAGCUUCCCUUUAAGAUCCCCAAGUGGCCGCUGAGACAGCGAAGAAUAUCGCAAUGA